UGCUUCGCCUCAGGCGGCGCGGCUUCCUCUUCUUCUCCCUCCUCCCCCUCCCCCUUCUUCUCCCUCAGGAGCCUCCUUUUCCCCUCAGGCGCCUCUUCCUCCUCCUCCGGCUUCUCCGACCCACAACGCCCGGGCCAACCCUUUGCCCGGCCCGGGGGCGACGGCCACGACCACGCCGGGGUCGGCGGGGCCUCCUCCUCUUCCUCCUCCUCCUUCUUCUUCGGCUUCCCCCCCGCCGGCGCCUCCUCCUGCUCCGCCGCCGCCGCCCCACCGGGAGCCGGCCUACAACUGGCAGGCCACGAAGCCGACGGUGCAGGAGCGCUUCGCCUUCCUCUUCAACAACGAGGUCCUCAGCGACGUCCAUUUCCUGGUCGGCAAAGGGCGGGCUGGCGCCCAGCGCAUCCCGGCCCACCGGUUUGUGUUGGCCGUUGGCAGUGCAGUUUUCGAUGCUAUGUUCAACGGUGGAAUGGCCACGACCUCCACAGAGAUAGAACUGCCUGACGUUGAGCCAGCUGCUUUCCUAGCUUUGCUGAAGUUUCUGUAUUCGGACGAAGUCCAAAUUGGGCCAGAGACCGUCAUGACAACGCUUUAUACGGCCAAGAAGUACGCGGUCCCUGCCCUGGAAGCCCAUUGUGUGGACUUCCUCAAGAAAAACCUGAGAGCGGACAACGCUUUCAUGCUCCUGACGCAGGCACGGCUCUUUGACGAGCCCCAGCUCGCCUGCCUUUGUCUGGAGAACAUCGAUAAGAACACGUCCGACGCCAUCAAUGCCGAAGGCUUCACGGAUAUCGACCUGGACACGCUGGUGGCCGUCCUGGAGCGGGACACCCUGGGCAUCCGGGAGGUGCGCCUCUUCAACGCCGUGGUCCGGUGGGCCGAAGCCGAGUGCCAGCGCCAGCAGCUGCAGGUGGCACCCGAGAACAAGCGCCAGGCCCUGGGGAAGGCCCUCUCGCUCAUCCGCUUCCCCCUGAUGACAAUUGAGGAGUUUGCGGCGGGGCCAGCUCAGUCAGGCAUCCUCACGGACCGGGAGGUGGUCAGCCUCUUCCUCCACUUCACUGUCAACCCCAAGCCGCGGGUGGAGUUCAUCGACCGGCCGCGCUGCUGCCUGCGAGGCAAGGAAGGCAGCAUCAACCGCUUCCAGCAGGUGGAGAGCCGCUGGGGUUACAGCGGGACCAGCGACCGGAUCCGGUUCUCUGUUAACAAACGGAUAUUUAUUGUCGGUUUUGGGUUGUACGGCUCCAUCCACGGCCCGACAGAUUACCAAGUAAAUAUACAGAUCAUCCACACAGACAGCAACACGGUCCUUGGCCAGAACGACACAGGCUUCAGCUGCGACGGCUCGUCCAACACCUUCCGGGUGAUGUUCAAGGAGCCCGUGGAGAUCCUGCCUGCUGUCAGCUACACAGCCUGCGCAACGCUCAAGGGCCCCGAUUCCCACUACGGGACCAAAGGGCUGCGUAAAGUGAUUCACGAGUCGCCGACGACGGGGGCCAAGACCUGUUUCACGUUCUGCUACGCCGCCGGCAACAAUAACGGCACCUCGGUGGAGGAUGGACAGAUCCCCGAGAUCAUCUUCUACACCUAAAGGGGUGUGUGUGUUUCCGUUUGGGCCACUGCUGGAGACUCAUGGCCGGCCAGACACGUGCACCGCUUCCUCCUCCCCACUCUUUUAAUGCCCCCUCCUGCGCUGAUGUCGCCAUCUUGCCUUCUGCCAUACUGACCGGGGGGGGGGGUAGUCUGAAGAAGACAAACGACUAAGCGGACAGGCUGUCUGAGAUCGCACUUGCCGAACACGCCGGGAGCUCAUGCAGGACAGGACAUGGACCGGUUGAGCCCCAUUGGCCUGGGGGGGCGCCCCCGACCCCUUCAUUGCACUGAAUGUAGCUGCUUUUUCUUCCCUCUGGCUGUUGGCGGGGGGGGGGAGGCAAAGUCACCCUUGCGAGGAGCCACCAAAGAGAUUCUCUUAAGCGGUGUGGAUGACAGUGGAAAGAAGAGGCCUGGGUGGGCAAUGGAGAUCCUGGCCUGAACGGGAUGGCUCCGAUACUCUUGGAAGUCUUUCCCUCCUGCACGUGGGCGGUGGGCGAUUCCCUGCAUGCGGCAGCAGCCUUUUCAGAUAAUCCUGGAAACACCCCCCCCUCAGCUGAUGGUGGCCACCGAGGGGAGGCCGCCCAGCUUUCAAGAGCUCGUAGACUGAUUUCGGAGUGCCGACGGUCCGAGGUUUGCCUCCGCCAGCUUGCUUUGCCCUCCCCGUGGGUGCGUUCACUUCAUUCUCCAGCCUGGGGGGGCGGGGGCGGGAGGGAUGGGAAGCAGUGGUUUCCUUUGGCAUUGGCGUUCCCCACACAGCCUGGAUCGUUGUUGUCAAGGAAGCCUGGUCCUUAGUCCAUUUCUGCUGCUAAUAAGAGUGCAACAUAACAAUGCAUGUUGUUCUCCGGUCGUGUUCUGUGGUCUCGUUCCCGUUGAGAAAGCUGUCGCUGUGACGGUUGGCAACGAGGCGGUGUCUUGCCACCCCCCUGAAAACCAGGAAGAAGUUGAGCGGGCUGUGAGGUGCCCUAAAUGGAGGUUCCCAAGAAUCUUGUGAGAAUAAUCAUCCUCUGAGAAUGGCUGAACUGGAAGGGACCCUCUGCAUCAGCCAGUCCAGUCCCUGUCAAGGAGCGGGGAGUGUAGGUCUGUUUAUUCAUGGUUGUGCAAAAUUACCCCUUUUCAUGUCCCUGGUUGAAGCCAUGGAAUAACCUGACCGAUGCUGGCUGGUUUAAGCAUCCGGUCACCGGGGAAGGCUGUCCACCUUCCAAAACUGGCUUAUUUUUCCCCCCUCGUUGGCUUCAGCCGGACAUGGACUGAACCGUCUGUGGCGAUCACCCCUUUAUUGCCCCUUUUUCUUUGGGCCUCACAAAGGAACACAUGCCCUUUUCCCUGCCACCAGGUAUUCUUCUAAUACCACUUCAAGUCCCACACAGGAGCUGUCACCCCAAAAGGUCAUAUACUUUAGGAAGCAGGGUUUAUGACUGAUUAAAUAUUCUUUUAUUAUUAUUCAACAGGAAAAUCAUAGGUGAGUUGGUUCAGGUUCAGUCACUUUACUAUCAAUUUUAUAUCUCUCUUGUUAUGCUUAUGCGUUCAUUCCUGCUUGUUCCAUGUGUUUUACUUUCAGAAACCUUUAACCUGUUCCUAAACCCUAACACUCUCUGUACAUCUUCUGGUCCCUGACUCUACCUCUCCCUCACUCCAACUGUCCCUUCAACUCCCUCUAACUGUCACUCCAGCUCCGCCCCUCCUUCUCUAUCUUUGGCUCCUCCCCCUUAGUGGCUGUGAUGGACAGGCAGGAAUGACGUCAUUUUUUUGGAUUCCGCUACACCGUCUCUCUCGGCAGGCUUUCCAUGUGAUGCUUCACCUCCUAAGGGCUCCUCUUAGCAUCGCUUCUGCUGGUGAUCCCCCAGCUCGGAUCACAUGGUUUCCUCUAAAGUCAUGGAUAAGAGUAAUCUAUGCUCUUUUUGAAUUUAAAGAAAAGCAGGGGGUGCCCCUCUGUUACCAGCUAGGGAAGUGACGGUGCUGGUUUCGCGUCCCCCCCACGCCCUUUCUGUGAAGCCACCUGUCUGACCAUCCAGUCCCUCAUCUUCAGGCUCUGUUCAAGGGAGCUUGACGUUUCCCACGGGUAACUCCGACACUGGUGGAGUCCCUUGUGAAGCAGUGGGAAGGGUGCCCAUCCUGCACCCCCUCCCCCCCUCCAUAGGUGAGAGGUCUCGAUGGUUCCUCUUAACCAUUUUGAGGGCUCCUGGAUGCUCUGUAGGGGAACUCUCGCGACACAUCUUUAGGUUCACAUACCAGAUUGGCUGAAGACGUUUAAAGAGCCUAGCCGUGGUCUUUAAACCUAGCUGGGCUGAUUUGGACUGUGUCAAGUCUUGAGAAAACUUCCUGGUGAAAAAGCAUCAACUGAGGCACAUUUGGGGGGCUAUGUACUCAAAUCUCCUUCCCUCCCACACCAGUGGACUGCUUCUGUGUGGCCCGUGGUACUCCUCACGGUGGCCAAUAUGACAAACGGGUCCAUUCCUCUGUGGCCAACCCUCGGGUGAGGCGAGAGCCCAUGUGUUGUUGGCUUUCCUUCCAGAGUCAUGGCGCCACUGGCCUCGCUGAGGGCCGGAACCUUGCUUUGCCUAGCUGCUUUCCCUGCAGAGGUGAAUAAAUCCCUAACCCCCUCCCUCUUGGGACCUUCUCCGUUUUUUUUUUUCCUUUCACCAGAGAGGCAGGUUCCCUGAGCGGUAUACCUAACCCCCCCCCACCUCAUCUUAUAACAGAGAAGGGAGAAAUCACUGGAUGAAUUCCAAACAAGGCUUUAUUAGCUCUGUGUGUGAAGGGGACAACUUAUUGUCUGCGAUCACAGCUCAGUGUAGAAAAAGUGAGCGGAAUCCUCUCCUUUGGCAUGCCUCGUGGGCCCCCUUUUUCAAUUACAGAACGGGUUCCUGGCGUGGGUGGGAGGUCUGCAACACACCAAAGGGACCUCCCCACAAGCCCAGUUCUUGGUGCCCCGGGGCAAAUGCUGAUGUUGCGUGCCAUUAGCCGUGGAGAAUUCCUUCCCCCUUUGGAGGAGCCCCACAGAGUGUGUGAGUGUGUGGAGAUCCCGGGAUGUGUGAAGGACCUGCAGGGUGCCCAUGCCAUACUCUAAAUACAAUCGUGAAUGUAUUCCACCCACUGUAUUUGGCAUUCACCCCCAUUUUCUUUUUCUCUCUGCUUUUCAGUUUGUAAAUAAGAAUAAAAGGCAAGCGAGGUUUCUCAUUUUA